CUCUUCAUCCUGAAAUCAAAGACUUUUAAAUCUCACACAAUUAAACACGAGAAACACACCUUUAAUUUCUCGCCUCCGUAGCUCUCUCUCCCGUGUCCAACGCCAAACUGCACGUCGUAAACGCAACUUAGACACACGAUAACAAAACAGAGAAAAAAGGAAAAAAUUAAAAGGAAAAAGACAAAAAAAAAAAAAGAAAAGAAGAAGAAAGAAAGACGCAUUAAUAAAUAAACAAAACGAAACAUUGUUUGCGCUUUCGUUGCUUCGCUUCAUUUGCUACGAUUUUUGGAUUUUUUUAAUUAUUUAUUUGUGGAGAAUUAUGGGUCUUGGGAUGAAAUAUGACGAAGAAAGCAAGGUGGUUGACGAUGGAGGAGAGGGUGGCGGUGGUGGAGCUAAUUCGUUUGAUUCUGUCUCAUGUUCAAUUUGCCUUGACGCUGUUAUCGAUAAUGGGGAUCGAUCGUUGGCUAAGCUUAAAUGUGGCCAUCAAUUUCAUCUUGAUUGCAUUGGUUCAGCAUUCAAUAUGAAAGGAACAAUGCAAUGCCCUAAUUGUCGAAAGAUUGAGAAAGGUCAAUGGCUUUAUGCUAAUGGUGGCCGGUCAUAUCAUGAUUACAGUAUGGAUGAUUGGACCCAUGAUGAGGACCUUUAUGACCUUAGCUACUCUGAAAUGUCCUUUGGAGUUCAUUGGUGCCCAUUUGGCAACUUGGCGAGACUUCCAUCAUCUUUCGAGGACGGAGAAUUUUCAUCAAGUGCAUAUCAUGAUAUACUGGGAGGACAACAUGCUGUAUAUGCUGAGCAUCAUAACACAGUUGUAAAUUCUGUUAAUCAUCCUUGCCCAUAUAUUGCAUAUUUUGGAGCAAUACAUCCAUCUUCCUCCAACUCAGGUGGAAAUGUUUCAGAGAUUUCCACCUUCAGUCAUUGGAAUGGUUCAUCUGUGCAUAGCGACAUGCCCACUUCCUACACAUAUCCUACAUUGGAUCUUCAUUAUCAUAGUUGGGAACAACAUUCCCCUCCUUUCUCUACAUACACUAGUCGUCUAGUUGCCGGUGAUCGCCGGUCGAUAUCUCCACGGACUCAAAGGCCAUCCAGGGGUGGCUCAGAUGUACCAAGAUCAAGUUCUUAUAUGCAUCCUCCUGGGGGUCACAGUUCUUCUGGUUCUGUGAGCUCAGUUACUUCCUCAAUGCUACCUCCUUAUCCUGGUAGCAACGCUCGAUCCCGUGAUAGAGUUCAAGCGCUUCAAGCUUACUAUCAAUCACCAAAUUCAACUACAACGCGAACACACGUUCCUUCUGGAUCCCGAAGAUCUGGUAAUCAUAGUGGAUCACCUCAAAUUGCACCGGACCAAAGCGGUUUCUUUUUUGUCCCAUCAAGUUCUUCAGGUCGUAGUAGUUUUCCAGAAGAUGCAUGUCUCCCAAGUCGCUACCAUGCUUGGGAACGAGAGCACAUAUCUUCUUUAAGCAUUGUUGAUAGAGAUUCAGCCUGGAGACAAUACCGCCAAACUGUUGGUAGGUCAGAACGCUCUAGCAACUAUCGAUUAAGGCAUGGAUCCGAAAGAAUGCAUUCCCAUAAUCGAUGAUAUAUUCCUCUUCACUGUGAACCAAGCAUCCAUUAGAUAGUUUUCCUGGUUACUACGUGGCAGCGUGAUGGAAAUAAGAUAGUCAGAAAAAUCAGGUGUUAUUUGGAGGAAAUAGUGAGUAGAAAGAACAUUAUCAGUUGGCAAGGGAUAAAUGAAGUUUGAUGGAAGUAGCUACAGGCCUACCGUUGUAUCUGUAAGACUGUAAUGGUCGACUAUGUUAUGUUUCUCAUGGGAUGUUUUAUUUUUGAGAAUUUGAGUAAUUUUAUAUCUGCUGCGUGGCAGUGAUCAAAUUGUUGUGCAGUGCUAAUGACUGAACCAGGGUAACCUUGAAGUUCACAGGAGGGUUUAGGAAAUGUUUGAUUUUUUUUUUUUUAGUGCUAUAUGUGUUACAAAACACACCAAUUAUCAUCACAGACAAUUAUUUCUAUUCUAUUUUUACUUCUGCCACAUAUAUCUGCAUUCAUAAUUUUUUAAUGAUAAAAUGGUUGCUUAAUUAGGGUUCAAAAUCAAAUUCCUUUUAGCAUGAACUAAAGCCAAAGUAAAAUUUGAAAAGUUAAUGUCAAAGACAUUGUUUAGGGUCGGAAUUCCAAAGAUGUUUAAAAAUUUUUUUAACUAUAAGAGAUACAAGGGAUGAUUGUCAUAUGUUAUAAAUUUGAUUUGCAUGCACUUCUAGCUAGCGGACUCUAGCUAGCGGACUCUAUUAUGUUGUCAAGUCAACUAAUAAUAAGAAUUAACAAAAAAAUAAAUUGUUUAAAAUCUACUCGACGAUUAAUCCUAGAUAUACUUAAUUGACUAUAAUUUUGUACAGUAUACUAAUUAAACUACUCCGCAGUUUAAUUAUGGAUUUUUAAAACACAAACAUCUAUGAAUGUGAGGGAUAACAUGACUGUCUGCAAGAAACCAAUUGGGUGGAAAACAGGCAAGAGAGUUAAAACCCUUUAUAAAACCAAGAACAAUAAAAAUAAUUUAAUUUUAAUAUAUUGUCAGUGUUAAAAUAAUUUUACACGUGUAUUCAAUUACCACACCAGUAAAAAUAAUUAUCUUUCAUCUGUAAAUGAUCAUUUAAAAAAUUGGAUAUGAUUGCACGACGAUGUAAAAUACUUUACUCUCAGUGCAUCAAAAUUAAACUCAAAUAAAAAUACGGUAAACAUUAUUGUUGAUAAAAUUUAGUGUUUCCUGCCAAAGAUUUAUACUAAGAUAAAUUUUGUUGAGCCAAACAUCUACUGAAAAUACAAAAAAAAAAAA